AUGGCUGCUUACCAAGAUGCCAUAAAGAAUGUUCCUACGAUGUCAAUUAACCCAACAUUGUUCAUGCAAACAACGGAGGCUGAAGAUCAUUACUAUCAUGUAUGGACAAGUCAAAUCGCUACAGUAAUGAAGGAGUAUAUCGGUCACCCUUCAAAGACUGAUGGCGCAAUUAGCACAAAACCACCGGUGUUGGAGCAGAUCAGUUGUGAAGUGCCUACAGUAUUCAUGCUCAAGCUGAUGGAAGAGUCCGACAACUCGGCGGAGGGGAUCGGUCAAGUUUUGGCAAGUGUCCAGCGACAAUCUGGUCUUACCGCCACGGAGUUCUCUUCUCGCUUACAGCCCAUGGAUGGUGAUCUAGCAACCAUUCAGAACUUCAACUCAAUUAGGGACAUACGUUACCCAAGCAGCUACCCAGAGCAUUCAUUGAAUAACAUCAUCUUUCAACUCGGGGGUUCUCAUACAAUAUGGAACAUUGCCCAGGCGAUCUUGACGUCACACUUUGGCGACCCCUCUAGUGAAAAUAAUUUGGGUGUUUGGCAGUAUCUCGAAGCAAUUGGAAUACCACAUGAGCAGGUCAUUCAAAAGAAGGACUUCACAUUGAUGCUGCAGCAAAUGGAGCUUGUGCACCAUGCUACCCUUUUCCAUUGUCUACGUGUGGUGAUGAAAACAGAGAAGCAAAAAGUAGACCUUGAGCCUCAAGAGAUUCCAACUGACCGCUGGAAUGCCAUAAUUCUUGAAUGUUAUGAACGCUUUUGCUCCCCCCUCGCUCGCCAUCAAGCGGCUCAAAAGGGCUUGCCCAAGCUACACAAUGUCCUUGUGCGCAUGCAGGAGUUCUCAUCCGUUGUGGAGGGGAACAAUGCCAUGAAAGCAGGGGACAUCGGCCGCCUUAUCAACAUAUGGAAGAUGUGGUCUGUGAUGUCCCAGUCACUUAAGGGUUUGACUCAUUACGCAUCAUAUCUGCCUCGCCUGGUGCUUUUGUUGACUGAAAUACUACCGCCCCCGAUCAGCAAAUUCUUGCGACACAACAUGCUAUUCUCACCAUCGGGUCGUCCUGGUCACUUUGUGUCCAAGGACUUUUUCUUGGAAAACAAUAACUACUGGCUAAAGUUCUUUUUCAAUCGGGGGGCAUUGGGACCGAUGUCCAGCGGUUGA